AUGGUGGAGAUCGAAGGAAGUGGAGUGGAGAAGGAGGCGAGGAUCCCGCUGGCCACCAUCGCCAUGGGCGUGCAAGGGAUGGGUAAGCAAGCCCCAGGUACUACUACCCGUGUAGUGGGCGAGCAGGCCCUACGGGCUGCUCCUGUCGAUGAAGCUAUGGGUGCAAUGGAGGAGUCCUUGGGCGAGCGAUUGAGGAAAGCAGGCGGAGUGGAGGGGACCCAGUUGGUUACUGCUGCCAUUGGCAUGCGCAGGCUGCUUGAGAAGGAG